UUGCUCUUUUCCAACAUGGCGGAUACAAAAAAAACCUCAGAAGAAAAAUUCAAAAAGAAGCUUGAGAAGAAGCCGAAGAAAGAGCCAAAAGAUGCAUCCAAGAAUAUAAUGCGCGAAGUCCGAAUUCGGAAGUUAUGUCUAAACAUCUGUGUAGGCGAGUCUGGUGAUCGCUUAACGCGUGCUGCCAAGGUCUUGGAACAACUGACCGGUCAGCAACCAGUAUUUUCCAAAGCUCGGUAUACAGUACGUUCAUUUGGUAUCCGUCGUAAUGAAAAAAUAGCUGUGCAUUGUACUGUACGUGGCGCCAAAGCUGAAGAGAUUCUGGAGCGUGGUCUAAAGGUACGUGAAUAUGAAUUAAAGAAAGAAAACUUUUCUGGUACUGGAAACUUUGGUUUCGGGAUUCAAGAACACAUUGACUUAGGAAUCAAAUAUGAUCCCAGUAUUGGUAUCUAUGGCUUAGACUUCUAUGUUGUACUUGGACGUCCAGGAUUUAACGUAGCACACAGAAGAAGAAAAACUGGUAAAGUUGGUUUUCAACACCGUCUUACCAAAGAAGAUGCCAUGAAAUGGUUCCAGCAAAAAUAUGAUGGUAUCAUUAUAGCUGGAAAAAAAUAAUAAGUAUAUUGUAACAUAUAUGCGUUCUUCAUAAAAAG